CAGGCACAGUUUGUCGUUGUCGUGGCAACAGCCAGAUCGACCCAACGGGGUCAUCCUAGAAUACGAGGUCAAGUUCUAUGAAAAGGAUCAGAAAGAGAGGUCCUACCGCAUAAUGAGGACCUUCUCUCGGAGCGUGGAUGUCACGGGUCUCAACCCCCUCACUGUGUACGUGUUCCAUGUGCGUGCCCGCACAGCUGCUGGAUACGGAGAGUUCAGCAACCCCUUUGAAUUCGCCACCAAUUCAGAUCCGUUCCCUCUGAUUGGAGAAGGAGUGAACUCAGCCUUCCUGCUGCUGUCUGUCAGCGGGGUCGGAAUUUUACUGCUGAUAUCUGCAGCUGUCUUCAUCAUUAGCCGCAGGAGGAGCAAGUACAGUAAAACAAAGCAGGACUCGGAGGAGGAGAAACAUCUUAACCCAGGAGUUAAAAUCUACGUGGACCCGUUCACCUACGAAGACCCGGAUCAGGCCAUCCACGAGUUUGCGAAGGAGAUUGAUGUUAGCAGUAUUCACAUUGAGAGGGUUAUUGGCAUGGGAGAGUUUGGGGAGGUGUGCAGUGGUCGGCUGCGUGUUCAGGGAAAAAGGGAGAUCUAUGUGGCCAUCAAGAGUCUGAAGGCGGGAUACUCUGACAAGCAGAGGAGGGACUUCCUGUCUGAGGCCUCGAUCAUGGGCCAGUUUGACCAUCCAAACAUCAUCAGGCUGGAGGGCGUCGUGACGAGAUGUAAACCGUUGAUGAUCAUCACAGAAUACAUGGAAAAUGGAUCCCUGGAUGCUUUUCUCCGGAAACAUGACGGCCAGUUCACGGUGAUCCAGCUGGUCGGCAUGCUGCGUGGCAUCGCUUCAGGUAUGAAGUACCUGUCAGAAAUGAGCUACGUUCACCGAGACCUGGCAGCGCGGAACAUCCUGGUCAACAGCAACCUGGUGUGUAAGGUGUCUGACUUUGGCCUGAGUCGGGUUCUGGAGGACGAUCCAGAGGCUGCCUACACUACAAGGGAGGCCACUGGGACUUAUCUGUCCCCUGGAGGGAAGAUCCCCAUCAGAUGGACGGCUCCAGAGGCGAUAGCCUACAGGAAGUUCACCACAGCUAGUGAUGUGUGGAGUUACGGUAUCGUCAUGUGGGAGGUGGUUUCAUACGGAGAGAGACCCUACUGGGACAUGAAUAACCAGGAUGUGAUUAAAGCGAUAGAGGAGGGCUACCGUCUGCCUGCUCCCAUGGACUGUCCUAUGGUGCUGCACCAGCUAAUGUUAGAUUGCUGGGAGAGAGAGCGAGCAGAGAGACCGUCCUUCAGCCAGAUACUCAACAUGCUGGAUAAACUCAUCCGUAACCCUGGAACUCUGCGUCGGACAGGAGGGGACAGACCCACAGCCACUAUGCUGGAGUCAGGGGUGGGUUCAGAGGUGUGUGUGUCAGUCCUACCGGAGGUGUGCGUGCCUGUGUGGUCGGUGUGCGAGUGGUUGCGGUCCAUCGGGCUGGAGAGGUACAGAGACACUCUGGCAGCAGCAGGAUACACCAGCCUCGACAGCCUCCUGGCUCUCACACACCAGUAAGUGCACCUUCAUGUGAAAAUGGACUUUGGCAUUUACUCUUCACAUUUCUUCAACACAAACAGAAUCACAUUGUACUCAGCAAUCAGGCGCGAGUCAAAACAACAACAGAAAUUGUAUAACAGUCAGAAUGAGAAGCACCAGCAGCACAAACAAAAUGUUUCACACAACUGCGGCGAUAUCAUUUUUGUAUCUGGCACUCUAAUGUGAGCUAAUGGUAAAUAAACACCUCCGUCUGAGCAAAAGGAAAGUUGUCCCGACAUUAAACUGCUUAA